AUGGAAUUCAAAAAACCACAAAGUCCAACUUCAUCUUGUGCCAAGGUUUUGAUGCUACAUGGACAUGGCCAAUCUGGACAAUUCUUUCGCUGCAAGACCCAGUUUCUGCAGCCUAGUGUCGAAAGGAUCUUGCUCAAUUCUCUACGGAAGGAUACGACUCGGGGACCAUUUGAAUCUGUCGAGUUCUAUUAUCCAUCGGGAUUCUUGCCCGCUGAUCCUGACCGCACCCACGGGGAAAGUACCAACAUGCGGGCGUGGGGGCAUGGCGAUGUUGAAGCUGAUCGCAUUCAAGGUCUUGAAUUUUCUGUUGACCAUGUUCUACGCUUUAUUGAAACCCACGGGCCAUUCAUUGGUAUUAUGGGUUUCUCCACAGGUGCUACCGUUGCUGCUAUAGUAUGCUCUCUACUUGAGAAGCGAAAAUCGAUAGGUGGUUUUUCAUUCAAUAUAAAUCAUCCCCCCUUGGACUUUGCGGUCUCAAUUUCUGGAUUUACACUCGAUCACCCCACCUACACCCCGUUAUAUAGUCCAAAGAUUGAAACACCAAUCUUACAUGUCAUUGGCACCUUGGAUACAAUGAUUGAGGAAUCUCAGUCUUUGCGAUUACGAGAUUCUUGCAAAGACCCCUCUUUGUAUUACUUCCUUGGUACUCAUCAUGUCCCCCGAUCGGAUGACUUCUUGAACGCAUUAGCUCUAUUUUUUGAGCAUGUUUAUAACAUGAAUGAGAAUAAAGAGGAUGAGUGGGAGGAUUUGGAGGGCUGA